CUGGACGGGCACCCGUGGAGCGCGGAACGCGGCGGCCCGAGAGGAAGAAGAUGAGCGGCCCCAGGUCAGAGCCUCAGGCCCAGCGGACCUCACGCCGCCCCCAGGGAGCCAGAGGCGGCCUCGGCGGCAGCCGCCAGCCCCGGUAGCCGCCCGCGCUGCCCGGGACCGCGGAGGAGGGCGGCCGAGCCCGGCGCCGGGGCUCAGUGCCACCUGCGCGCGCGGCCGCACACCUCGGGCUGUUAUCCGCCCACGGACUCCGCCGAGCUUGGGUCAUCUGUGAAGGGACGAAACCCCAGAGCCGGCUUCACAGACCCUUCCCCGCGGCCCUGCUGGCUCCCCAAGUUUCCGAAAGCUGGCCACUGUGACCCCAGCUCCAGAAACUUGGCAGCCACCGGAGACCCGGCUCCGAGGAGGCGAGCGCGGGGACAGGCUCCCCAUCGCGCGGGGCGAGGCUGAGGACAGGUUGGAGGCGUGUCCAGCGCACCUGAGGCUUGACUCUGGGGACUUUCGCGGCCACCACAGACCCGGCCUCGCGCUUCCAGGCCGCGCCGUGCUGGCCGCCACCAUGUCCGCCCCUGCGGCCAAUGCCUCCCUCCCCUCGAUCUCGAACAACCCGGUGAACAGCCCGGUGACCAUCCCGGCGGUGAUGUUCAUCUUCGGGGUGGUGGGCAACCUGGUGGCCAUCGUGGUGCUGUGCAAAUCGCGCAAGGAGCAGAAGGAGACGACCUUCUACACGCUGGUGUGCGGGCUGGCCGUCACCGACCUGCUGGGCACGCUGCUGGUGAGCCCGGUGACCAUCGCCACGUACAUGAAGGGCGAGUGGCCCGGCGGCGCGGCGCUGUGCGAGUACAGCACCUUCAUCCUGCUCUUCUUCGGCCUGUCGGGCCUCAGCAUCAUCUGCGCCAUGAGCAUCGAGCGCUACCUGGCCAUCAACCACGCCUAUUUCUACAGCCACUACGUGGACAAGCGGCUGGCGGGCCUCACGCUCUUCGCCGUCUACGCGUCCAACGUGCUCUUCUGCGCGCUGCCCAACAUGGGCCUGGGCAGCUCGCGGCUGCAGUACCCGGACACCUGGUGCUUCAUCGACUGGACCACCAACGUGACGGCGCACGCCGCCUUCUCCUACAUGUACGCGGGCUUCAGCUCCUUCCUCAUCCUCGCCACCGUGCUCUGCAACGUGCUGGUGUGCGGCGCGCUGCUCCGCAUGCACCGCCAGUUCAUGCGCCGCACCUCGCUGGGCACCGAGCAGCACCACGCGGCCGCCGCCUUCGCCUCCGCCUCGGCCGCCUGCCGGGGGUCCCCGUCCGCCGCCUCCCCCGCCCUGCCGCGCCUCAACGACUUUCGCCGCCGCCGGAGCUUCCGCCGCAUCGCGGGCGCCGAGAUCCAGAUGGUCAUCUUACUCAUCGCCACCUCCCUGGUGGUGCUCAUCUGCUCCAUCCCGCUCGUGGUGCGAGUGUUCAUCAACCAGUUAUACCAGCCGAGCUUAGUGCGAGAGAUCAGCAAAAACCCAGACUUGCAGGCCAUCCGAAUCGCCUCUGUGAACCCCAUCCUGGACCCCUGGAUCUACAUCCUCCUGCGGAAGACAGUGCUCAGCAAAGCCAUGGAGAAGAUCAAAUGCCUCUUCUGCCGCAUCGGCGGGUCCGGCAGAGACCCCUCCGGGCAGCACUGCUCCGACAGCAGACGGACAUCCUCCGCCCUGUCCGGCCAUUCGCGCUCCUUCCUGUCCCGGGAGCUGAAGGAGAUCAGCAGCACGUCACAGACUCUCCUGUACAUGCCAGACCUCGGUGACACGGGCCUGGCAGGCAGGAAUUUGCUGCCGGGUGUGCCUGGCAUGAGCCUGCCCCAAGCAGACACCACCUCCCUGAGGACUUUGCGAAUAUCAGAGACCUCGGACUCCUCGCAGGGGCAGGACUCAGAGAGUGUCCUACUGGUGGACGAGGUUGCGGGCAGUGCUGGGCCCGCCCCCAAGGGCAGCUCCCUGCAAGUCACAUUCCCCAAUGAGACAGUGAACUUAUCAGAAAAGUGUAUAUAGGAGCCGAGGAAAGGAGUACGGCUCUGUGCCUGGAAGCUCACAAAAUCCUGUGCAACUGACACGUGGUGAAGCACUUACUGAGCUGUGCUCGGAAGGGCUGUUUGUGUCCGGGGACUCCAAGAGGAACAUCUGGGUUUUGAGCACCUGUCAAUCAAUCUAGCUGACUCACAUGGCUCCUGAGGCCGGAAACUCGUUGGUCGCCACCUGUAGGGGUGGAUUUGGGUCAGAACUUGACUGAGGAGAUCUACCCUCAGUUCCCUGCUUCACAGGAAGACGGCCAAGUUUUGCUCUUUUCAGCACAUUGGGAGCGGAGCGUUACACCUGCACAGCAGGCGGGGCUGGAAGGCUGCAGCCCAGUGCACUAUGAGGACUACCUAUCUUAGGGAUGAUUGAAGUGUCUCACUAAAGCAUGAAAUGUGAAUUUUAUCGUUGUAAAUAUGAUUUAAGGUAUUUAAAGUAUUUUCUUCUCUGUGAGAAGGUUUAUUGUUAAUACAAGGUAUAAGUGUAUGGUUAACCCCUCUCCUCCCCAGUAUAACAAGCUGAAGUUAUAGAUGUUAGAUUUUAUUUUCAUAAAUAAGUUCAGGCUGCGGUGUUGAAAAUUCAUAGUGAAACUAAUACCUGUGAAAUGGAUAUAGAUUUUUUAAAGGAAGAUUUUUUUAAAAGGAAGAGUACUAUUAAAAGAAUAAAGAAAUAUACUAUUUUAAGACAUGAAAAUUACAGUCCAAACUAUUAAAGCUCCUUCCCAACCUAUGUGUACUUCAUAGUGAAAAAUGUUUAGUGCUGGCUACAUAUAUUUAUCCAGAAAUCUGUGAUUUCUGGAGAACCUAACAUACUGGCCAAUAUUUUCUACUUUUGUCCCCACAAACUGGUACUUUUAAAAUGUGACAGAAAAUUUUCAAAGUCUUUAAUAAACAACUCAUAGUUGAAGUGUACAAUAUAAAAGUAAAAAGUCUAAGCAGCUUGUUUUCCCCCUGAAAUUGUGUAUAGUUUUACUUUCCUAAGGAAUGAUCUAGAACAUCCUUGAAAAUUUAAGAGGAAGACAGACUGCAUGCACCAUAAUGACUUUUACUUUGCGAUGUGAAAGGAUUGGUUAAAUUAACCUUUCACAGACGUUAGAAGUCUAACCAGAUAAUCUAACCAGAUGGGCACGUGAGGUCACCUUCUAACAGUUUUGUGUCACGCCCUGUAAUGCUGUACACAUGUGAAGGAAACCUUCUCAAAGAAAUAUUAAGCAUGUUUUGUUGCUUACAAGUGUUUUUGUGAAUUGCCUGGUUGUAAUUAAAUUCUGAGCCUGAUAGUGAUAUGAAGCAGUUGUACCAACUGAAAUUAUUUUGGAGAUUAUAAUAAAUAAAUACACUCUAAGUU